AGGAGGGACCACGUACAAUGAAUUUAGCCUUAUCCAAGAUGGCUCUCUCAUUUUAUUUGUCUCUCAUUCACUAGUUGUUUUCAUGUCUGUAACAAACAUGCCCGAAAAUUAAACAACAGGCUCCGCGGCCUAAGUGCGGUCAUAAGCUCAGGUUAGUAAAGCAAGAGACCACGCUCUAUGAUUGGUUAAAAUUAACUAACUUAGCAUAAACCAAUCAGAAUGAUAAACUGCGACCUGCAGUUCGAUUUACCGACCUUGGUUUUUCUUUCGUCCUUUGUAAACUAGCUGUCACUAAAACAUAAAGAGGGUAGAGAAUAGAAGGAGAAUUAUUUGGACCCCUCAUUUAUUUUAGGGCGUGAACAAUUUUAUUUUCCCAUUUACAGAGAAAACUAAUCUGCCUUAUCGCCCCGCGUGGGUGAUACAUGAUAACACUAAUGAAAUGUUCGAUUUUUAAACCGGUUAGAUACCCUCACAUGAAACCAAUGAUUGUAGAAUUUCUCUGCUUGGAUUUAACUGUUAUUAUUUUAAACAAUAUUUCAAAUAUCCUGUAACUCGGAUUACAAAUUAGCAUUUGGAGUUUCACUAAAAAUACAUACAACUAUAUUUGCGGAUAUUAUAAAUCAAAAUCACAAUCAUGCUUCAUCGACCUACUCUCAUGCCUGCAUCAAUGAAAUCAUCCUCAAAACUCAACUUGUCUACGAAUUCAAAACAUUCAUCUCAAUCAAUUAAAAUGGAAAGUCCAGAAUUGAUUCAACUACUUAACUGUGGUGAUGAUGAUGAUGAAAUAGUUAUUGUAGAACCUACAGAUCCAGAUGAAGAUCGUAUGAAACAGGAAGAUACAACAUUUAAUGAUGUAUUAAACAAAGAACAAGAAGAUUAUGCGGAGGAAGAUUACAAUGGGAAUGAUGGAGAUAUGAAUUCAGAUGACUCUCAUAUGAAAAGUGAAUCUCACAUCCCAAUGUUGAAUAUUAAAGUGGAUGAAGCCACUGGAAAUGGAACUCCAGUGACCGUAACCACAGAUUCGGUUAAACCUAUUGGAAUUUUACCUCUGAAUGAUGUGAUUCACAAUUUACUCACAUGUACACCACAUGUUGCUCCCACCAUACAAAAUGUUGCACUUCAACCUAUACUGUCGGGUAAAAUGAAUGGAUCGGGAAGUGUGCAAAUGCCGAAUGUUGUUUCCAAUGCAUUGCCUACAUUAUGGCUUCAUUCUCCUGUUGUUAAUUCAACGGAAAUGAUGAGUAUGCCUAAUGUGAAUAGUGUGACAGAUUUGACGAGUAAUAUUGUACAGAAUAGUGGGACUGCACUGAAUCCACUUGUUGCUGCUGUGCUUGUGAAUUGUGCCACAGUGAACAUGAUAAGUCAGCUAGCUGGAUCUAUGUGUACUCCGAUGGUGAACAGCAGUAUAAUCGAUGGUAAUGUUAAUGGUAGUAAUGUGUACAACAAUAGUGAGCACACUAGUAGUGCUUGUAGUGUUAGUGUUGGUAGCAGUGGAGUCAACACAGUAACAAUCCCUACAGCGUCAUUAUUUCCCAAUUUGUUAUCUGCUAUUCCUUUGUCUACGUAUAUAUCGGGAUUAGGACUGAAUACAACUGGAGGUAUAAUUACUUCACCAAAUAGUUUGUGUAAUGUUGGUGUUACUAGUACAGCUGUCUCGUCUGCUGAAACCCUUAAUAAUAAGAAUAUUGGUGGUAUGAUUGUGACACCAUCGAAUGUUGAGAAUAUUACAGUUUCUUUAUCAUCUGACCGAAGUUCUAGUCAAGCUGAAUACUUACAUGUUACUGACGAUAAAAACACUCAGCGUCCUGUUGGACGUGUAAAACGCUUCAAAUGUCCAAUGGUUAAUUGUCAAAUGUCAUUUCACAGUAGAUUCAAUCAAAUGGAACAUAUACGUACACAUACUGGUGAGCGUCCAUUCACGUGUCCAGAACCUCAUUGUACUUCAACAUUUAAACGUAGACGUGAUCUUCGUGAUCAUUGGAGUAUGCAUCUCUUAGAUUGCCCACCAUCAGCUACAUUGACUGAAGAAGAAUUCAAUAAAGCAUUGAAAGAAGCUGAUGAAAAAUAUAACGCAAUGUAUAAUUGGGAAACGUUCAAUGUAAACGCUUCAGUUAAUAAAGAUAAUAUUACUGGUAGUAGUAAUAAUAAUAGUAAUGACAACAAUAAUGAUGUAAAUACUGUAAAUUCCGAAUCAUCUCAGUCAUCCGUGGUAAUUCCUGACCCCAGAGCACUGUUUAACAUUAAGUCUGUUAGUGAAUUGGGUAGAUAUCAUUGUACAUAUCCUGGAUGUGAUAAAUCGUAUGCUAGACGGCAUCGCUUGAACCAACAUAUAUCAACACAUACUGGCACUGGUCCGAUACCGUGUGAUGCACCGAAUUGUAAUGUCAGGUACUUUUCAGAAGAGGAUUUAAAGAGGCACAAAUUAUCUCAUCUUUAUGCGGCUGAUAAGGAUUCACGGCGUCGACAUGCUUGUACAUAUGCUGGAUGCGGUAAAGCCUAUUCAAAGCUAAACAAGCUCAAAGAGCAUUUACGAUCACAUACAGGUGAAAGGCCCUACGUCUGUCGUGAACCUGGUUGCGGUGCUGCAUUCAUCCGACUAUACGGUGUUAAACGUCAUGAAUUAACACACGUAUUCGGCCGUAAACGUGCUGAAAGACUGUCUCAAAUCCCUAACACUGAUAGUAUGACAGGGACUAGUUUUGAUAUUUCUGACUCAAGGUUGGAUAUUCAGAAGAAUCCAGAAAUAACUACUAGUUCACCAUAUAUCUUACCAAAGCCGGAAACAUUGGAAACAAGAAAUGAGAUAUCGAUAGCACCAGCUGUUAUGAAAAAUCGUCCUCUCCCAGCUAUUGCACCAAAAUCGAGUGUAUCUCUUCCGAUGCGUCCGAUUUCUCCUAUAAGUGGGAAUCCAGGAAUGAGACGACCACAUAUCUGUCCAUUUAAAGAAUGCGGUAAAGCAUUCCCAAAACUGAAUAAACUGCGUGAACAUAUAUGUCGGCAUACAGGUGAACGACCAUUUGUGUGUGAUCAAUGUAAAGCUUCAUUUGUCCGUAUGUAUGAUUUACGUCGUCACAGCAAUAUCCACAUUCGUGGUGCACAACCAAGAAGUUUGUCACGUUUUCUCACAACUCCACAACAAACAAAUGAAACACUCAAAUCUAUUGUCACAAACGGUCAAAUUUCUGUCAGUACUGCUCCCAAUACUGCUACUAUUACUACUAAUCACACCACUUAUACUACUACUAAUACUAAUACUAUUCCCACUGUUAUUACGACAGUUUCUGCAACCAGUCUUAUUUCAGAUACUACAAACUCCACCAUCUCUACUGUUCCUGUUUCGAUCAGUAUUCUCAAAGUUGAAGGAGAGUCAGAACUAAUCAAAAUGGAAGAAAUUAUUGAACAAUCAACAAGUCUACAACCAUGUGAUACUAAUGAUCAGGUAACAGAUUGUAUUGAUAAAUAG